UCCCACUUUAUGCUUACGAAGCGAUGCAGAUCAAACGGAUAGGACCCAGGAAAUAGAUUGGAAUUGUCAGCAGUUUCCUUAUCUGUCAUUAGAAAUUUCUGUGAGAGUAUGUGAUUGGCUCGCAGCUGAGUAAUGAGGUGAGCGGUGGCUUAUGAUGCCUCUAGAACAAUCAACCCAUCUGCCCUAAGAACUUUUCAUACCCUAUCAGCCCUUAAUAUGCCCGCUAAUCACCGUAAAGUCACCAUCAUUGGCUCUGGCCCAGCAGGCCACACUGCCGCUAUCUAUCUCGCAAGAGCAAAUCUUGAACCCACUAUGUUUGAAGGCAUGAUGGCCAAUGGGUUUGCCCCAGGCGGUCAAUUGACCACUACCACCGAUGUUGAAAACUUCCCCGGUUUCCCCGAAGGUGUCCUUGGAGGAGAGUUGAUGGAUAAGCUUCGUGCACAGUCUGAGCGAUUUGGAACCGAAAUCAUUACCGAGACCAUUUCGAAAGUCGACCUCUCAUCUCGUCCUUUCAAGCUUUGGCGUGAAGGGAAUGAGGAAGAGUCCGAACCCACCGAUACUUCCGACGCACUGGUCUUUUCAACUGGCGCUUCUGCCAAGCGUAUGUUCUUGCCUGGUGAAGACAAGUACUGGCAAAACGGUAUCUCUGCUUGUGCCGUGUGUGAUGGAGCUGUCCCCAUUUUCCGCAAGAAGCCCUUGGCUGUUAUUGGAGGAGGCGAUUCCGCUGCUGAGGAAGCCAUCUAUUUGACAAAAUAUGCUUCCCACGUCUAUGUCCUCGUUCGUCGUGACAAGUUGCGUGCCUCCAAGGUCAUGGGAGAUCGUCUCUUGAAGCACCCCAAGGUGACCGUCUUGUUCAAUACCCAAGCUACUUCUACCCAUGGUGAUGGAUCUCUCUUGAACGCACUCACUAUCAAGAACACGAUCUCAGGCGAAGAAACCAAAUUAGCUGUCAAUGGUCUCUUCUACGCUAUUGGUCAUGAGCCUGCUACUUCAUUGGUCAAGGGACAAAUUGAAUUGGACAAUGAAGGUUAUAUCCUGACCCAACCUGGAUCCAGCUUGACCAGCGUUGAAGGCUUCUUCGCUGCUGGUGAUGUCCAAGAUAAGCGUUACCGACAGGCUAUUACCAGUGCUGGAUCUGGCUGUAUGGCCGCUCUGGACGCUGAGAGAUGGCUCUCGGAACAUGAGGCCACCGAGUGAUCACACUCGGGGGAGCAGCAACACAUCAACCCGACUUCUAAACUCUAGAUUUUCUCGACCCUUUUAAUAUGGUGUGCGGGCCACCUUUUCAUUAGACUGCACUACACCGCACAGUUACUUCCCUACUCAUCUUUCUUAGACGAACAGCGGCUUUUUUUUUUUUUUCAUCUUUUUCGCAUACUGGUCAACUUGCAAUGUACAUAACAUGUGCCAUCCAUCCAAGCAAAUAAAAUAAAAAUAUUAAAAAAAUAUACAGC